GUUUUGGUUGACGCUGCAUCAAAUGGCACUGAACUUUUUUGUUGGCGCGUUCCUGGCAGCCCGCUCGCACCUGCCCCGUCCGACGAGACCCGCCCUCUAAGGCUUGACGACUCAGGACGGUGCCGUCCUCUUUGCCCAGGUUCCCUUUGCCUGGCAAGAACAGACCCAUGCGUACCACGCGGUCGUCGCGGGCAAGUCUUGACGCUGCGCCUGCGCCGUCCUCCAUCACCGUAAACACAAACACCUCCUCCACCACCGCCGCGUCCCCCACACGAUCUAGGCCGUCCACAAAGAGCAUGGCCACCCGCCCCGCCGACGCGCCCACCGACCCCGGCCCCAGCGAGGUGCGCGAGUCCAUUGAGGCCAGGCCGACCGCCGCCGCCGAGGACGUUCAGAUGGAGGACGCGCCUGCUCCGGCGCCUGGCCCCGAUGCGCCCGCGCCCGCGCCAGUGGCUGCUGCUGAUGUCGCGCAAGCGCCCAGCAGUAGCGCUACCACCAGCGCACAACCCGACCAGGCUGCCGAUGCGGGCACCUCCCAGGACGCCGACGCCGACGCAGACGCGGAUGCUGAUGCCGACGCCGAUGCCGACGCCGAUGGAGACCCGGACGAUGCCGCCGAGGCUGCUCGGAAUUCCUACCGCGACAUGGUCAGCCUGAUCUCUGAGACGUCGGCAUACCUAUGUGAAUUUAAGGAAGACCCAGAGGAUGAAGUCACACUGGCCGCCAACUUUCAGCGACUCUUGAACAGGAGAUCGUAUCCGGACUACUUUGAGGUUAUCAAGGAGCCAGUCGCAUUCAGCACUAUCAGACAAAAAAUACUGAAAAAAGGCUAUAACAACUUUGGCGAGUUCGUUCGCGACGUCGCCUUGAUUUGCCACAACGCGCAGGUUUACAACCGUCCUUCGGCCCUUGUUUUUGGCGAGGCUGUCAGGCUUCGCGAAAUCUUUGUGAAGGAACUAGAGAGGCUGGUACAGGAGAAGCAGAUCACUCCGGACGAAGCCAAGCUCCCGUAUCUGGGCGAGAUCCCAGACGCGGACGACGACUCACCUUCGCCCCCUCCCGAGGAAGAAGAAGAGGAGGACGAGGACGAGGAUGACGAGGAUGACGAGGAUGAGGAUGAGGAUGAUGACGACUCGGACGAUGAUGGUAGGGGUCGCCGCCGGCGGCGUAACCGCGGCUCUCGCAGGGACGAUGAUGACGAUGCGCACAAGAAGCGUGGCCGUCCGCCCAACGUCUUCACGCCCAUGGAGGCUCGGAUCGACAACCUGCUCAGGGGCCUCCGCCGGUUCAAGCACGACAGCGGCUCGCUGCGCAUUCUUCACUUCGAAAAGUUGCCGGACAGGGCGCAUAACCGUGAGUAUUACGACGCCAUCAAGGAGCCCGUGUCAGUCGAGUCCAUCAAGAGGAAGAUGAAGCGCAAAAAGUAUCACACCUUUGACCAGGCCGCCGCCGACGUCGAGCUUAUGUUUGAGAAUGCGAAGCGGUGGAACGAGGAGAGCAGUCAGCUGUACGCGGAUGCCGUCGAGUUACAGCACCAGGCUCGCCUGCUGGCUGCCCAGGAGAGGGCCAAGCCUGACGACUCCUUUGUCGACGAGGAGGGGAAGCUGCCGCUGGCCGAGAUCAACUAUAACAGCCAGGUGUACAAGGUCGGCGACUGGGUGCAUAUUAGGAAUCCCAAUGACCUGUCCAAGCCCAUUGUAGCGCAGAUCUACCGAAUGUGGAAGGACAGCUCAGGGCAGCACUGGAUCAACGUGUGCUGGUACUAUCGCCCGGAGCAGACGGUGCACCGGUACGAGAAGCACUUCUGGGAGAACGAGGUGGUCAAGACAGGCCAGUACCGCGACCACCAGGUUGAGGAAAUCAUGGACCGGUGCUUCGUCAUGUUCAUCACGCGCUAUCACAAGGGCCGGCCGCGCGGGUUCCCGCUGGACAAGGAGGUCUAUGUCUGCGAGGCGCGUUACAACGAGGAGAAGUUCACCUUCAACAAGAUCAAGACGUGGGCCAGCUGCCUACCGGACGAGGUGCGCGAGAAGGAUUACGAUAUGGAGAGCUGGCGCGUGCCCAAGAAACUCAAGAAGUACCGCAGCCCCAUUGCGCACCUGCUGAGGCACGACGCGACCGAGAACGACCCCUUGCCCAAGCCAACCUGGGGCAGCCCCAACGCCCCGCCGCUGCUGGGCGCCGUCCACAGGCGGCCCAGGGAGGAUAAUGAAUCGCCACCACCCCGACCAAGUCCGCCGCCUACCGCAGUGCCGCCCCCAUUGGUCCCGCCCGACCAGCAGCGGCGACACUCUUUCAGAGGUGACGUGCACCUGACAGGCACACCGACGGCUCCCUACCACCACCCCAUGCCCGCAGGCCCCGCAGCCUCGCCUACUCCCAUCGGGUACCCCCAGGGAUACGGUCCACAGAGGGUCGCGAUGCCAUCACCAGUCCCUGCUCCAGCGCAUAUGCAUCAACCGAUGGGAGGGCAUCCAAUGCCCGCACAGUCCCAGAGCGGCUUCAUGCCGCAAACCCCUCACCACCACGCACCUCAGUACCAACCGCAGCAGUACGUUCCGAGCCCCAGUCAACCAGCCGUGGGCCACCACCACCACAUGGCCGCCCAACCAGCGAUGCAGCCGACGGCAUACGAUAAUAGAGCGAUGGCGCCUAUGGCCACGGCGCUGGCUCCGGCGCGGGCACCCAUGGCCGCCGUGCCAAGCCCAGUUGCGAUGCAGGCCACCAUGGUCCCGGCACACGCUGUUGCACCUGCGGGACCCUCAUCACACCACAGCAGCGGCGGCGGCUAUAACCCACCGCAACCGCCGCAGGUGUACACGCUGCCGGACGCCAUGGACGCAGGCAUUCCGGACGACGUGCGCGAGCAGUUCCAGCGUGACGCUCGCGGCCGCGUGCUUUUCUUCACAACCCCGCCGGCCAACCGGCCCCACGCUGGCUUGUCAGAUGAGCACGCGGGUCUCGGCCACAGCGCGCGAUUCCUGGCGGACAGGAAAGCAGCCGAGGCAGAACGGCUGCGGAAGCGCAAGGAGCGGGACGAGGAGCUGGCGCGGGCGGCCGAGGCGCGCAAAAAGGCGGCGACGUCUUGCGAGGAUGAUGGGAAGGAAGAGGGUCAAGACCGCGAGGCCGCCGUCCUAGGCGUUCUCUCGUCGUUUGUGGAAUCGAUGGACCGCAUGACAGCAGAUCUUAACGUGUCCAUAGACGGCUGGUCUGCGGAGAAAGCCAAGUGGCAGCACGAGAAGAUGGCUGAAGCGAAGAAGGCCCACACAAACGGAGUGCGGCACUGA